GCUGGAGACGCCUUUCAAUUCUUGGCAAAUCGAUUCCAAUCAAGUUCUGCAGCUCAGUGUAUCAUUAAUCGUGCAGAUUUUCCAGAAGAAAUCCUGGACAACAUUGUCGACAUGAUUUACCACCAGUCUUUCGAAGAGCAUACAUCUAUCACGAAAAGAAAGAUGGAGCGCCAAGCCCGAACCCCAUUCAUACAAGGUCAGACAACUAAAGUAUACCUGGGUCACGAAGGCCCGCCAAUUCUCAAUACCUUUCAAAACCUGGCAGUAGUCAAUCGGAAAUUUCACAGGCUUUGUCUUCCUGAAUUAUGGCAGCAUAUCACAUUCCCCACUUCGAUGCCUGCCCCUAUGGCACUUUGGACGGACGAUAUCCUUUUAAAACACGCCACCUGGGUCAAAUCUGCCGAAUUUGAAUUGGAAGAUAAGAUCUACUACCAGGGUAUUCAUCAGUCAUCAGAGAGUAAAAGGAGUCUCUAUGAUAAUACAUCACUCAUCAUUGGCGAAGAUAUCAGAUGCGGAAUUGGACCUUUGAACAUUGGGAAGAUCUUCAAAGUCUGCCCAUCGAUAGAGUCGGUCACACUGUAUCUUCCAGAUACAGAAGGUGCACACGAAUCCGAAUGGUUUUCUGGUCUUACUGUCCGCUUAAAAACCCCAUUUCAACUUCUUCCGCAACUCCAACAUUUAACAAUAUCGGACAACGGAACCAGAGAUCUUCCGGGCGAAUUUAUAAUUGAUAUCAUCAAACAGUUACCAUCUCUCAUUUCAUUGGAUCUCUUCUGCUUUAAAUUUGUUCAAAAGCAAUCUGAAGAAGAAUCCUUGGGAUGGAAUCUGGUCCAGCUUCAAAAGCUGCGCGAACUAAGUCUUUACUACAUCACAUGCGAGGAUCAGACAUGGAGCCUGACGUCUUGGGCUGAAUGA